UAUAUGUUCAAAGAUUACGCAGAUUUCAAGCACACUUAAAACAAAGGUCAAUAGUCUUCUCCAAGCAAAGGGUCGCUGUUUAUCCUCAGAAAAUUUGUUGGUCAAUUUUAUUGCCAUGACUACCCUUAUAUUUGACCAAGAUGGUCUUUCGAGAUCACUUUCAAAUUCACCACCAACUCAUUACACUCUAACAAUAGAGUCAUUUUCGAUGCUAACUGAAAAUUCAGUGGAUACAUAUGAGUCUGGGGAGUUUGAUGCUGGAGGAUACAAAUGGAAACUGGUGGUGUACCCAAAUGGAAACACGAAGAAGAAUGUAGAAGACCACAUCUCUGUCUACUUAAAAAUGGCAGAAGCAAAUUCACUUCAGAGUGGUUGGGAAGUAUCUGUUGAUUUUAGAUUGUUUUUGCUUGAUCAGAAUAAGGGAAUCUACUUGGUUCUUCAGGAUGCUAAUAUGAACAAGAUGUGCUUGCACGGGGCGAUGCUCCAAGUGGGUUUUGAUAGAGUAAUCCCUCUGAAAGCAUUUUCUGUUGCUUCCAAUGGCUAUCUCAUUGAUGAUACUUGUGUUUUUGGAGCCGAGGUCUUCGUUUGCAAAGAAAGAAGAGCGGGCAAGGCAGAGUGUCUGUCAAGAAUCAAAAAGGCUUUUAUGAACAAGCAUUGUUGGAAGAUUGAGAGUUUUUCAACGUUCAAAUCCCAACGCUUGCAAUCUGAACUAUUCACUGCAGGAGGGCAGAAAUGGAAGAUAGAGCUCUAUCCCAAGGGAGAUGACCAUGGAGAGAAUACUCAUGUUUCUGUUUACUUAAGAUUAGCUAAUCCAGAAAAGCUAUCUCCUGUCUCCCAAUUACUUAUAGAGUAUACUCUGCGCAUCGUAAAUCAAUUGGACGGGAAGGAUAAGAGUCGGAAAUCGAAUCAUACAUGGUUCAGUGCCUCGAGUCCGUCUUGGGGUUGGCCUUGUUUCAUUAAAUGGGACAGUUUCAAAAUGUUAGACAACGGUUAUUUGGUGAAGAAUACUUGCUUGGUCGAGGCCGAGGUCACUGUCCAUGGAAUUGCUAAAGCAUUAGAGCCAACUGACGAUUAAAAUACACCUGGUAUGAAAGAUCUGGAGAUUGGAAGAUGAAGAAGAUGUGGGGCAAUUGGAGGAAGAACGCAAACCCGAAGAUUGGAAAAGGUAUUGUAAUGAGGGACUUUGUUGUGAAUUAUGUAGGUUGUACUGCAAAUUAGUAAAAUACGUAGAUACUCAAGACUUGUACAAAAGAAUGACUGCAAUAAAAAUAAUUUAAUUUAAUUUAAAAUUUUUUUUUUAAUAAAAGAAGUUUGCAUUUUGUUAUUGAAUAAAAAAAAAAGGGUUAAUUGAUGAUUUGCCCCUGA